GGAUGGCCUGCACUGGAUCAAGUCAAAGCAGCAGUGAACCGAGAGCAGUGUGGGAUAAAGUCACUGAGAUGUGCGUUAAAUCGUGUUCCAUAAUUAAAUACUAAAAAUUACCGGGUUCCAAGAUUAGUUGAUAAACUUGUAACUCAAAGCUAAUUAAAACUGUAGUUUGAUUACCUCGCUAUCAAGGCUGCACCAGAAACCUACAACAAGGCAUAUGAUCGCCAAACAGGUGCUGUUGUAACUGAGUGAGACGUGAACUUACUGAAACCCACUGCUGCCCCUCCUGACCUCCUGAGUCUUGAGUCUCUCCGGACACAUCCCUUACCAUGAAUGAAGUCAGUAUAGUGAGAGAGGGUUGGCUUCAAAAAAGAGGUGAAUACAUAAAAACAUGGAGGCCCAGGUAUUUCAUCUUAAAGAGUGAUGGCUCUUUCAUCGGUUACAAAGAGAAGCCAGAUUUAAACGACCAGACCUCUCCACCACUCAACAACUUCUCAGUGGCAGAAUGUCAUUUAAUGAAGACUGAACGACCCCGGCCCAACACAUUUGUCAUCCGUUGUCUGCAGUGGACCACUGUGAUAGAACGAACUUUUCAUGUAGAAAGCAACGAAGAGAGAGAGGAGUGGAUGCAGGCGAUCCAGUCUGUAGCGGACAGUCUGAAAAUGCGGGAUCAGGAGGAAGAGGAACCAAUGGAUGUGUUCGGCUCACCGAGCGAAAGCAGCCUGGAGGAGAUGGAGGUGGCGAUGGCCAAGAGCCGCACCAAAGUGACAAUGAGUGACUUUGAGUACCUGAAGCUGCUUGGAAAGGGUACCUUUGGGAAGGUGAUUCUUGUCAAAGAAAGGUCCACUGGAGUCCAUUAUGCCAUGAAAAUACUGCGCAAAAUGGUCAUUAUAGCCAAGGAUGAGGUGGCCCACACAGUUACAGAGAGCCGAGUGUUACAGAACACAAGACAUCCUUUCCUCACGACCCUGAAAUAUGCCUUCCAAACCCAUGACCGGCUCUGUUUUGUAAUGGAAUAUGCCAAUGGAGGCGAGCUCUUCUUCCACCUCUCGCGUGAACGAGUGUUCACAGAAGACCGAGCACGCUUUUAUGGUGCUGAGAUUGUGUCAGCGCUCGAGUACCUCCACUCACGUGAUGUUGUUUAUCGUGAUCUGAAGCUGGAGAAUCUGAUGCUGGACAAAGACGGACACAUUAAAAUAACUGAUUUUGGCCUUUGCAAAGAGGGCAUUACUCCAGAUGCAACAAUGAAAACCUUUUGUGGAACUCCUGAAUAUCUGGCCCCUGAGGUCCUAGAAGAUAAUGACUACGGCCGGGCGGUAGACUGGUGGGGUCUGGGUGUAGUCAUGUAUGAGAUGAUGUGCGGCCGUUUGCCUUUCUAUAACCAAGACCAUGAACGUUUGUUUGAGCUGAUCCUCAUGGAGGAGAUCCGCUUCCCCCGGAACCUGUCACCUGAGGCCAAGUCCCUGCUGGCUGGCCUGCUCAAGAAGGACCCCAAGCAGAGGUUAGGAGGAAGUCCCAGUGAUGCCAAAGAAGUAACGAGUCACAAAUUUUUCAUGACCAUCAACUGGCAGGAUGUGGAACAGAGGAAGCUGACCCCACUCUUCAAACCGCAAGUGACAUCAGAGACGGACACCCGGUACUUUGAUGAGGAGUUCACAGCACAAACAAUCACACUCACUCCCCCAGAUAAGUAUAACAGUGUGGACUUUGAGGACCCCAUCCACGAAGCACAUUUCCCCCAGUUCUCCUAUUCUGCUAGCAUAAGAGAGUGAUAGCACCUCUGCCACAUACUGUCAUACACAAACACACACAAAAAAAGAAACAAAAAAACCUUAAAGCUUGAAUACCUUGGCCACAAUCAUACAGCCAUAUAAAUGACAAGAACAUACAUUUUUAAAGAGGUUUUGUAUAUCGCAGGAUUUCAGUGCCUUGCUUGGCAGCUGUUGUUUUGUAAAACCUCCUUGGUCCACACAAAGGAAAAAGUCUGGGCUCAGUGGCUAUACUGUAGCAAAAUGAACAUCAGAACUUCAUAGCUGCUGCAAUUUGUAACAUUUUUUAUAUUCUUAUGAAAAAGCCAUAUAGCUUCCCAUGACACUUGCAAGUGCUCUUCUUCACAAUUGAUAGGCAGGCUUGUAUAUGAAGGAGGGAGGAGAGCAGCAGUCAGUCUGGUAUUCUUUGUUAGUGUGUGGGUUUAUUUUAUUUUAGUUUUUUUUUUAGAAAACAGGGGCAUCAAAAUCCAAACCUACUGCCAUCAGUUUAGUCAGAAUGAGACUGGGAGAGCAGGAGGAACAGCAGGUGAACUGAUAACACAUCAUGAUCAAAGUGUCUUCAUGGAGAUCAGCUUUGACAAAGUGCAAUAUAAGGUGUUAGACAGAGGCUGUCUGUUUUUGCUUAAGUUGUAUGCAGUGAUAUUAAAGCACUUGUAUAUUUUUCAUCUCACUUUAUGAACUUAACAGAUUAACAGAUUUGUUAAGGGCAACACAGAAAUCAGUGACAGUUAGGGAUACCCUAAUGAACAGGGUUAUGUUAUUUGUUGUGUUUUAAAAUUCUAACACAUCUUUGAUUUUUCUUGAUCGGUCAAACAGACCAUGUAAUUUAAGAGGUUCAUAAAGUGCUUAAAGAUUAUUUUUUUUAAUUUUCUGGGAUUCAGAAAUAUACUGACAGGGGUCCUGCUCAUUAUAUGUAACACCAGAUAGAAAUGGUAAAUGGACUAGUUCUUAUAUAGCGCUUUUCUACUCUGUUUGAGCACUCAAAGUGCUUACACAACACAUUUACCCCCAUUCACACCAGCACUUCCAUGAUUAUCUAAACGUAAGUGCUUUAAUUAUCUAACAUUCACACUCCAGCGCUUGCGUCGGAGAGCAACUUGGGGUUCAGUAUCUUGCCCAAGGAUACACUGGCACGCAGCCUGGAAUCGAACUGCCGACCUUCCGAUCAGUAGGUGACCUGCUCUACCUCCUGAGCUACAGACACCCCCAGAUAUACUGGUUGAGACAUCUGUCAUCUUGUAUUGACCCCCCACCCCCGUUUUGUUUUGUUUUGUUUUUCGUUUUGUUUUUCGUUUUGUUUUGUUGUUUUGUUUUUCGAUUUGUUUUGUUUUUCGUUUUGUUUUGUUGUUUUGUUUUUCGUUUUGUUGUUUUGUUUUUCGUUUUGUUUUGUUUCACCACACUAAUUAAUGUUUCUGCUUGUUACUGGAAUGUUUUGUUUGUGGGUUUCAUUGUGGUGCAUUUUGCCCUCUUUGAAAGUAUUAGUGGGUAUUAGCUCAAAAGGAAAACAUAACAGGCUACUUUUUAAUAAAGAGUAUUGGGGAUGGUCACGUGCAGAUGUUCACAAAUUUAAAAAAAAAAUAGGUGUGAUAGAAACUUCACAACAUAAACCAUCGCACCAUCUGUUGAUCUUUGUCAGCACUUAAUGAUUUAAAGCAGACCUUGGAUUUUCUUGGAUAGCUCAUUUUCAUAAUAUAAGCUGGAUUGCUGUCAAAUUUUGUCUUUUGCCCUGAGUAUCAAAGACUGGUAGAUAUCAACAGUUUGCAUCAAAUGUCUGUUCCGAUGCAGAUGAGCGACAAUUUUAAGGAAAAACUGGAACUUUUGAUCCCUACAGUGAACUCUGUUCUGCUGCUUUUUUGUUUGUUUGAUUGUUUGUAUGCUGUGACCUUCACAGUCAAAGGGAGCCUCCAUAUCUGGAUAAAAUCUGUCAUGUAAACCUUCUGGAGUAAGAUUAGAGAAAUCUAAAAUGGCAUUUCCAUAAAUCGACCCAAGCCUGGCUGCUUUUUUCUUGCAAGAGAAAAUAGUUGUCAUUGAUACAUUUUAAGUUGGGAGAAUAUCACACAAAUAUAGAAUACCCCGAUUUUAGGCACUCAUUACUGAUCACAUGUAAUCUUCUACCACCCCAUAUGCUAUUAGGAGACAAAUGUGUAACUGCCACUAAACAAUUAUAUUACAAGGGACGUGGAUAUAACAAAAACAGUAGGAAUGUCCAUUAAGUUGACUUCACCUGAGAUGAAGUCACUUAUGCAUCCUGCCAGCCCUUCGAGGAGGAAAUCCCCACUUCUAAUCUAAAAUUGGCUGAUUAACAUUUUGAUAAUCUAGGGUUUCUUAGCUGGUCCUCUCAUUAUUACAGAAAAUUCCCACAUACCUCUUUGAACAACAUUUUUAGUUUUGCUUUCUCAGGUCCUUGCUAUUAUUGGCUCAUUGAGGAAUAAAUGAUAAUAUAUAAAUGAGGGGAUCUGCAUUGGACUCAAUGAUUGUACCAGGUAAUUACAAAAGAUAGACGUGUCACUUUUUAUUGCUUUGUGCUUUUAGAAUUUUAGUCUCUUAACUGUGUGUUAGGUCUUUGUAGCCUUUAUAUAAAAUUUGUGGUCUCCUCAAACCACCAUCUUAUAUCAUUGCAUGUUUGAAGCCAUGGCACUUCCCAUGUUUAUUGUGCGCCCUCCUGGCUUCUCAGUGUUUGUCAUAUUGUCUGCAUUUUCCUGCUGCAAUGUUUCAGUGCACACACACUCUCAAAGCAGAAACGUCGGCAGGUUUCUCCUUCCCAGGAGUGGACUUCAAAGCAAAUUCGCCCCAACGUCAGACAAACGAAACUGCAGAAACAUCAAGAGCUAUAUCUGAGACUCUGCAGGACUCAAUUAGCCUGUUACAUGUUGAAGUUCAUGACAGUACAGUUAGUAAAAGAAUAUCUAUGGAGGGGUUGCCGGGAGAAAGCUUCUCUCUAAAAAUGGCAUAGCAGCAUGGCUUAGGUUCACGUAGGUGGACUGAACAAACCAGCAGUUGUCUGGAACAGUGUCCUUUUGAACAGAGGAGACUAAAGUGGAGAUGUUUGGACAUAAUGCACAGUGCCACAUUUGGCAGAAACCAAACAGCAUAUCAGUGCUGUGAAGCAGGUGGAGGAAGGAUGGUGACUGGAACUUGUUUGCAGCCACAGGACCGGGGCAUUGCACUCAACCAUGAACUCGUCUGUACACCAAAGUGUUCUGUAGUCAGAUGUGAUCUGUCCAACAGCUAAAGCUUGGCUGAAAUUGUAGACAUAAGAAGAGUGGGCCAGAAUUCCCCCACAUCUGGUCUUUGCCUUAUGAUAUGAAGUGCAUUGAGGCAACUGUUGUGAAUUGGCACAAAAUAAAUCAAAUUGAACUGAAGAUGUGAGACGCUGAUAAUGCCACACAGAAAAGGAUCAUUUUCAGGUUAUUGCUGCUAAAGUGAUUUCUACAAGCUACUGAAAAAUAGAGUGGGGUGUACACAGUCUUUCACUGGACUGCAUAGAGUCUUGUGAAAACUUCUUUUUGCCACAUAUAUUUUUUGAGAUUUAGAGCUUACAGUGGUGACUUGAAGCUUUUAUAUGAUUCUCGAGUCUUUGCCCAACAUUGCAUCUAUGCUGGUAAUGAAUGAAGAGUUGGUGCACACCGCCUACUCAACCUCCCUUUGCUGAUAGAGCUUUCCUCCACAUAUCUGUUUAGAAAUAAUUUAUUUUUAUCUUUUGGUUUGACCUCUACACUCGCUGUUUUCCCUUAUCCUUCCUAUAUCCUGGACCUCCCGCAAAGAUCUCCGAUAAUAUAAUGUUUGGAAGUAAUGUAUGUGUUGUCAAAUUGUUUUAUCCAAGAGAUUCAAUUUUGUGUAUGAAUGUAAUUCUGAAAUAUAUCUUUUGACUGUCUCAAUUCA